UUAUCAUUAUUUAAAAUAAAGUAUAGUACUUUUAAUUUUUGUUUGAAGCCAGUGUUAAAUUUGGAUUACAAAAAGGUACAAAAUGGCAGACGAUAUGAUAGAUAUAGAAGAACAUGAUGUCUUGGAAAAUCCUAUCAUUAAACAGAUUUUUCCAGAUCUAUCAAAACUUAAAAAGGAAAUCAUUGAUUAUAAUGAUGAAAUUCAAGAUGAAAUAUCAAAUUUUGAAACAGUUAACAGCGGUGAAACAAACAAGCAAUUAUGGAGACAAUUCAACGCAUCUCAAAUAGGAAAAACAAAACAAAAUUAUUUGUAUGACGUCAAGGUUUCCUUACAAAAUAUUAGUCCUAAACUAACAAGUAAUCAAAAGUUUUGCCAAAAAUGUUUAAUACUUUUUUCUAAAAAGGAGGAUCUGUGUAAUCAUGAAAGAUUGUGUCAUCAACAUAUGUGUCUUCAAAAAAAUAAUUUUAAAAACAACUCCAAAAAUGGAGAAAACAGUAAUAUCUUUAAUUUUUACUCAAAUAAAGGGGUAUCUCAGAAUAAAAGCAGUAAUAUUAAUGUAAUGGUCAAUAUUAAUGACUCAAAAGCGAUAGACAACAAUUUGAGAAAACCAUGUUUUCAUUGCAAUAUUAUAUUUCCAUCAAUUCAAACUUUAAUAGACCACUUAUAUGAAAUACUCUAUAAUAAGAAAUCAAAUAUUCAACACCCAAAAAAUCUUAAAUUUUCUUCUAAAUGUAAGUUCUGUGAUUCAAAUUAUAACGAUGUUUUAUCAUAUAAUAGACACUUACGUAAAAGACAUAGGAAUGAAAUGUUAAAAAACAAAAAUGAAAGUAUUAAUGAGGUUCGAGUAAUGGCCCUAAAAGCAAUUCUGUAUAAAUGUAGUGAAUGUAAUAUACACUUUGUGACAUCUGAGACUGCUAGAUAUCAUUUGGAACACUCAGAAGUCUUACAACAUUGGUAUUGCACGAGUUGUCAAUUUUUUUUCAAACUAAAGCAUAAAAAUCUACAUGAAAAACAACAUAACUAUUCAAAGUACUUUACUGUAGUUGAAGUAAAUAAUAAGUCAUGUAAUGGGACACAUUUAGGGGAAGAAAAUUCUUUAACUCAUCAAACUAAUUGUGAUAUAGAUGAAAUUGGAAUAGAUGACAGAAUUUCGGAUUUUGUAACAGAACACAAUCAGGAAGCAUCACAACAAAAAGAAGAAUUAAAAACAAGCAAUGAUUUCCAUUCUUCGAUGAUUGAUACUGAAAACAGUAGUAAUGUGGGUGACAUAAAGGAAAAAAAAUGUUUAAAUACUUCAUUGGAAAAGUAUACACAAUUAUACUUUUGUGAUGUAUGUAAAUGUAAUAUAUCUAGAAAUUGUAAUGUUGAACAUCAUCUGGAGGCAAAUUGUAGACGAGGUACCAAAAAUGUUUGUGAGUAUUGUGGGCUAGUCUUUUCCAGUGAGACUGUUGAUUUACAUAGAAUAAUACACCUCGAAAAUAGGAACAUACAAUUGAAAGACUUUAUAAUUUUGGAUUUAAAAACUAAAACAAAAAUAACACCAGUUUUCGACUUUCCUAAGUGUACAUUGUGUGAAAAAUAUUUUAUUUGUAAAAAUGAAAUUAUACUGCAUGUAUGCAAUGAGGGUAGAUCCAUAACAUGCUCUGUUUGUAACAUUAAAUUAACUAAAUCAGCUUUGCAAUUACAUGAACCAUUCCAUAGUUACAAUACACAAAAUCAAACUGAACUCAACAACAAGUCUGAUAAUAUAAUGUUGUGCAAUACGGAUUCUAGACUCACAGAAAUUACAAAUAAUGAUCAAACUUCAUUAUCUCCUCUUGGUUCUGAAACAGAAUGUGAUGAUAAAGUUCUGCACUUAUAUACUUGUAAAAAUUGUGAUGUAUCAAUGAAUUUCUAUGAUGAAGCAGUAGAACAUUGUCAUUCUCAUACCCAUCUUAAUAAAAUAGAAAUAGAUACAACUAAAUGUGCAAUAUUGUGUCAAGUGUGUAUCAGAGAAUUUAGAAAUACGUUCCACCAUUAUUGUCUAAUUGAUGCUGCAAAAACUAAAUGUCCUCUGUGUGAUUUGAUUUUUGAUGAAGGAAAAAUAAAAGGUCAUUUAAAAUUACAUGAUACUGAUCCGGAUAUUACUAAAGACACUAUAAUAGUCAAAGAUUUUGGCUCUAAAAGAAUAAAUAGGGGAGGAUAUAACGAAAUAACCAACAACAAGCAUGAUGUGCAAGAAGACGAGUUAAUGGUUUCCAAAUCUGGUUUAGAUGAUCGUGUUAAGGACAAAGAUGAUAAUAGCGUUCCAGAAAUAACGGCGAAGAUUUAUAAGUGCGAUUGUGGUCUCCAUUUUAUAAACGAUACACAAAUAAAAGAACAUUUGGAUAAAUGCUCUGGUAUUGUUAGAGCUAAAAAAUUUAGACAAGAUUGUUUCAAAUGUGGCCUCACUUUUAAUUCAAAUGUUUUAUUCAAACACUUACUGGAACAUCACGGAGGAAAAAAUGUGUUUAGAUAUGAAAUUGUAGAAAGCAUUCAGAAAAGUGUAGCUUAA